CAUUGGUAUGUCACAGUCAACGGAUUGGAUUUACAAGGCCCAGUAUUCCUUCACGAGCCAGCACAUCGCGUGGAAUUCUCUAAUAAUUCCGGUGGUCUCAUUGAAUGUUCUGGCCAUGGCAGCCCGCCACCUGAGGUAGAGUGGACGCCCAUACCACCCCAACAGGAUAUGGUGGUACAAACAACAAAUGGUAGUCUGAUGUUUUAUCCAUUCACUGCGGAAAAGUUUCGCCAUGAAGUUCAUUCCAGUGUAUAUAGAUGCAAAUUGAGAAACUUGGUCGGCACAGUUCUAAGUCGUGAAGUUCACGUUAAAGGCGUUGUUAAUCAAAAGUAUACCGUUCAAGUGCACGAUGAAUAUGUGAUGGCUGGCAAUACGGCUGUAUUAAAAUGUCAGGUACCCAGUUACAUGUCCGAGUUCGUUAUGGUAACAGCAUGGAUACAAGAUACUGGAAUGCACUUGUAUCCCAAUACAGAUAUUGGUGGCAAAUAUACGGUACUCUCCAAUGGUGAACUGUACAUCAACAAUGCUGGACCAAAUGAUGCUUACAAAAGUUAUACAUGUCGAACCGUAAAUCGAUUAACCGGCGAAGUUCAAGCAUCGACUUAUCCCGGGCGUAUAAUUGUUACUGAGCCCAAAGGCAUGGUACAGCCUCGCAUUAAUGUUGAAAAACACUCGAUGCGUCAUGUUGUGCUCAAUGGUCAGACAACAUUGCCGUGUAUUGCUCAAGGCCAUCCAGUGCCCACAUACAG